AAAUAGGGUGGGUAGUGGAGAGUCAAGGUAUAGUGAAGGGGAGGGGGGUUUGCGCUGGUACCGCGCGUCUCUACAUUCAGUUGCCGCGCGACUGUUGAGAAGUGCGCACACAAAUUUCCCCUUAGAAAAAAAAAAUUAAAGAUUGUUUAUACAAUCUUUAAAAAAAAAAAAAAAUAACAACCAGAUUUUUAAUUUCUACCCUGGAAAAAAAAAUCGUGGCUUAAUUUCCCUCCCCCACCUAUCAAAAAAAGGAUAUUUUACAUGGAUAAUUAGACUUCUUCAUUGUAUCAUCUCAAUUGGGAUUUUAAAAAAACCAGUGGAUCAACUAAAGUGUGAUAUUGAACCCAAUAUAGUGAUGAUUUGCAAAUGUGAUUUUUCAUUAUUAAAUGAUUGGGAAGUGAGGGGAAAUUUAUUUUAAAGUGAAGGGAAAAAGUUGGAAAUAAAAGUUUGUUUUUUUUUAUAGUGAAGCUAAUGUGCAAUCGACAAUAUUGAGGCGCGACAGGUGUUGAAAGGUGAAGCAAUGAUCACCAAUCGCAGGUGAAAUUUAAGGAACCGUUGAAGAAAAAAAAGAAAUUGGAAUAAAAAUUGGUGUUUUUGAGAUUUAGUGUUUGGUUUUUUUUUGUUUGUUUUUGGCAAAAGUUUUUUUGUGUGAAUGUGUGUUAAAAAUUCCAUUAUGGAUUCAGGAGGAUUUAAGAUUCCGAGUUCACUGCGGAUUAUCUUCAGUGUUUUACUCUUUUAUUUCGUGCUUGUGAACGUGAAAGCAGCUGAGGAAUCACAAGUGGACACUCAUGAGGGUUCAACAGUGAAGCUUCAGUGUCGUUUCACCCCUCCCAGGGAGAAUGCAACUUAUUUUUGGUUAACACACAGGAAUAAUGUUCACGACAAUGCAGCUAUUGAACAAACAGCUCUGGCGUCAUAUUAUCGUGUUCAUAUGAAUCAGGAUGCGGGAAUAUAUGAUUUAGAAAUUAAAAAUGUCUCCUAUGAACGUGACAAUGGUAAAUAUGAAUGCCGAGUCAAAGUCAGUGGAACGGGAGAGAAUUUGUAUCAUAAAAAUAUAACGCUAACGGUACUAAGAGCACCGGGACCACCAUCAAUAUCGCCAAUGAUGGCUGUAGCACGUGAGGGUGAACCACUUGAUCUUCAUUGUAAUACUCAGGGUGGUAGUCCUGAACCUGAAGUAAAAUGGUAUCGAGGAGGUAAUGAAUUACUGAUAGCAACAGGACGAACCAUCACUGUAACACCGAGAAAAGAUGACGAUGGAGAGACAUUUCUUUGCGAUGUAAGAAAUCGUGCAAUGACAUCGGGACAAUCAUUAAAAGCAACAGUUCGUCUAGACGUGAGCUAUUAUCCAAGAGUAUCAGUUGGUCCUGAAAAUCCACUUCGUGUCGAGGCUAAUGGCACUGCAACACUCAAUUGUUCGGUCGAUUCAAAACCAGCAGUAUCGAUGGUGAAAUGGAUGAAGGAUGGAAAUUUUGUUGCCAUGAGUAAAGUUCACAUGAUUCAAAAAGUAACACUUCAAGACGCUGGAACUUAUAAAUGCCAAGCUGAUAAUGGUCUCAGUCGACGGGGAGAAGCUUCACUUACAUUAGAUGUACUCUAUCCACCAACUGUCGCUAUUGAAGGCAGUAGUAUUCGAAUAGCUGAGGUUGAAGACUCCGUCACUGUUCACUGUAACGUUUCCUCCAAUCCACCGCCAAUAAUUGUCGAGUGGUUGAGAGAAGGCCGACCAGAAUACCGACAAAAUGGUAAUAUCCUGCGGCUCACCAGAGUUACUGCCGAUCAAGCUGGAAACUACACCUGUAGAGCAAUUAACAACAUUCAUCCUAGUGGUGGUGAUCGAAAAAAUCAUUCAGCUAGCUCUAAAGUCACAAUCCGCGUGAGACAUAAGCCAGGACCGGCAAAAAUCACUCCAGACUCACCACAAGCUGUUGAAGGUUCAAAAAUAAUUCUUACUUGCAUGGCAAAUCCAAGUGGCUAUCCAGAACCCCAAUAUCAAUGGUACAAAGAAGGAGAAUUGGGUAGUAUUCUCCUCUCAACCGAACACACUGGUCCCAAAUAUGUAAUAGAAUCAGUUCAAUUAAACAGCGAAGGAACCUAUAAAUGCUACGCAAUGAACGAAAUUGGUAAUGGAGAACCAGCAACUGUCAAUCUCACUGUCAUCCAACCACCAAAAAUUCUUGCCAAACCACAUCCUCAUGUCACAAGAAAAGUCGGUGAAUCAUCCUUUCAAGUGACUUGCGUAGGACAAGGUAAACCACGUCCCAUGGUUCGUUGGCUUAAAGACGAACAGGAACUCACUGCCGAUGAAAGACUCUACAAAGUAACAACAACAACAUCCGAAGGACACGGUAGAGUAAUCACUGUCAACAGUACCUUAAGUUUCGUAGGUCAUGCUCGUCCCGAAACUGACAAAAUAAUAGCCAACGAUCGUGGUAAAUACACUUGUGUCUUUUCCAAUGAAUUACGAAAAGUAGAAUCCCAAAUGAUGUUGAAAGUCGAACACGCACCAAUAGUUCUUCAUCAACAUGGAAAAGUUGCCUACGAUUUAAAAGACACUGCCGAAGUUGCUUGCAAAGUUCAAGCAUGGCCAAAACCAGAAUUCCAAUGGACUUUUGGUCCCAACGCAGCACCUCUUCAAGGCUCCAGUGACGGACAUUACGAAAUCUCCACCAGCAGCGAUAACUACGAUGUCUACACUUCCGUCCUAAAAAUGAGUAAUAUUCUAGCUCGAGACUAUGGAGACUACAGUUGUCGUGCAGCAAAUGCUCAAGGCUCAAUAACAUCCAUCAUUAAACUUCAACCAAAAGGAGCACCAGAAAGACCAAACAGUAUCAGUGCAGUUGACAUUGGUCCAAGUUACGUUACACUUCAAUGGGAUCUUGGUUUUGAUGGUGGAUUACCAAUUACAAAAGCUUUCAUUUCAUAUCGUCGAGUAGCCAGUGAACAAGAUAUUAUUGUUCCCGAUUGUGCUCCACCACGAGGACCACCCAAUGGUCAAUGGCAAGAACUCGAUUGUCGAAAAUCAAAUCCAUGUAAUAUUACCGAUCUCGAUCAACAUCAGACCUAUAAUUUCAAAGUCAAAGUGUACAAUACAAAAAAUCAUUCCGACUAUUCAGAUGAAAUUAGUGCCACAACUGCAGUGACAAAAAUUCCAAUGCCAAUGAGAGUUACCUACGAUCCUGAAACAUUUCUAUUGUCAAUGAAUGUGGGUGCCACUUGUUUGGCUCUCGUUGCAUCGAUCGAGAAAUUGGAUAGCGGUUCAGAUAACUUGUGGAAGAAAACCGAAGAGUGGCCACUUGAGGUCUUGGGAAGUACAUCAACACACAGGCAAAAUCAUCUUCACGAUACUGAUCUUGAUAAUUCCCAACCACAAAUUAGAGUUAGACUUUGCCUAAAAGCAGAUCGACAAAAAUGUGGAGAGUAUAUGGAAGCUGAAAUUGGACCGCCAAUGAUCGCUCAAACUGGUGGAUUGACGACAUCAACAUUAAUCACAUCAUUAGUCAGUGGAGCUGUAUUUUUACUCUUCGCCGCAUUGGUUCUUCUAUUUUGCCGAUUCCGCAGGAAACAUGCGACCAAGGCAAAAGACUAUGAAAUGGACUCAAACGCAGUACGACCGAGCUUGGUGACUGGAAAUGGCCAACAGAGUCAAGCACCACCGCCAUAUUAUGCAGAGAACAAAGCCUUGGAGCAUAGUUUGGACCACGCCUUGGCACUUGAAGAUUCAAAGACCCCUGCCUACGUACAAUCUGGAUAUGGUUAUCAUCAACCAAAUCACAACAUCAAUGGUGAGAACGGUGUCAACAUGGGAUAUAUGGACAACAGCUAUUCUAAUUCAAACAAUGGCGGGUCGGUCAACUCGCAGGAUUCCAUUUGGCAGAUGAAAUCGGCUGCGGCCAACAGCGUUAACCAACCCUACGACAUGGGCGGAUACGCAACUACCGAGUCAGAUUAUCCUGCACAUCCUCAUUAUAUGCCACAACGCGAUGAUUACAGGGAAAGCCACAACUUGAGUCGGCAACAAUUUUGCCCAGAGCCCUUUGCCGCUGUCGUCAAAUCUCAAAAGCAUGUUGACUCGCCAUACGAUGUGUCAGGAUUGCCAUAUCAAGAAGCCUAUGACGAAGACCAAAAACCUCCACAGCAGGUGAGCUUAUCUUAUGAUGAGAGCCUUGAAUCAGGUUAUUCAACACCCAAUAGUCGGGGAAGACGGAUAAUUCGUGAGAUAAUUGUCUGA